CUCUGGCGCGAAAAAAAUCAAAAAAAAUAUGACGACAAGAAUUGUAGGCUCCUUUUGCCCUUGAGCAUGAGCUACCGACAUGAUUGUUCGUAAUUUUCCGUGACUCCUAGGCGUCGAGAACAAGAUACUUGAGCGAAGCACGAGUACGCGCUGAAGAAUGAUGAAAACUACAAUGCAAACACAGAUACGUUCGUGCCGUCGUGCAACGUCGUUCGGUUGAUCUUUUUUUCUGGCUCACAGUCACAGCUAGCCUCUAGCAAUGAACGAUGACAAAAUCAUUUGAAAAAAUAAGACGAGAAACAUUGCCAGUAUAGCCCUUUCGCUUGUUUUACGCAUCCGCACCCAGUACAACUUCGUCCUUCGAUACAAUUACAAAAUCAGAACCUCCCGCAGCUCGUUCCUACUUGAAUUGCUGCAACAUCAAAUCGUGCAAUGUCUUCGAGUAACUUUUCUUCACAGGCCCCUCAACAGGAGGUGACGUUUCCCCCGAUGAAAGAUGUGAGUUUACGAGCCACCCGCUCUUUCACAAGAAACAAAGUUGAGAAGCAACUAGAAACAGUACCAGAGUCAGCCUCUCUAUGGCAGAAGUUUUUUCUUUGACUUGAAUCAACACAACCAAACCUCCUCCCAAAAAUGAAAUUCCGUCCCCAGUCCAAGCUGCGGCGGGUCGCCGCGACGAACCAGGAGUCUUCAAUCGGGAAUCUAGACAUGGACGACUCCGCCUUUCUCUGCGGCGAAAUCACCAGCGGACGGAACGAAGGCAGCAGGAUAUCAACUUAUGGAAGCGGAAAAACAAAUCUUGGGCAAGUUGAAGUUCGUUGCGCUGACGUUUGUCAUAUACGCACCAGCACCACAGACACGCGGCACUAUCCUCGCCGGCACCGCCCGCCGCGCCGCGCCCACGUUUCAUCCGCGCUUUUGCCUCGCUCGCCACGCCCGCUCGCCCGUAGGAAGGUUAUGUAGACUUUAGCUUUACAUCGUCUGCCUCUGCCCGCGCACCUACGCCCCCGCAAUAGCAUUGCCGCUGCCACUGAUGCUGCGUCUGCGUGUAAGUAGAACGAAACACAUCAGAGAGCAGUGUGUUGCAAGAGUAAUAUCAAGAAACUGAAACUGCUUAGCUCAGGACGAUUUCCCUUCUAUACCCUCCUUAUGCCGCACGGAAACAAGUGCAUCUGCUGCCUCCCGAAGGACAUGAGCGGAUUCAAAGUCAUGAGCCGGAUAUCCUGUGCAAAAGUAUCGUACUCGUAGUAAUUGCGUUUAUGCAUUACAAAUCUCUUUCUCAAAGUAAAUCUGCACUACAAAUUCAAUAUGCAAUCAUGCUGGGCUAAUUUGUAAUGCAAUUUACACUAGUACGACUACGAUACUUUUGCACAGGAUACCGAAAGGACUUCGGCAAAAUGAUGGGAAUCAGUGAACCGCCGGGGACGAGGAACAGUAGUUUUGCCGGAGCAGGUGUGGCGGGAAGCAGUACUAGCGGAGGGCCCUCGUCGUCAUCGAAUGCCGCAACAGGCAGCACGAUAAACGGAUCAUCUACAGGUAGCGCAUCUUCAUCUUCUUCUAGCAGCGCCGCUGCAGUACCAGUAGGACAAGCGUCAAUGAACGUGGUCGACAGCACGGGUAGUAUUGGCGCCCCCCGACAAGGAUCCACAGCUGCUUUGUUCGGCGCGACCACCGAGAAUAGUUCAUCAGGAAAGCGACCGCCGCUCGAGGACGAAAUAGAGGGCAUUGAGAUAGACGACAUAGAAGCACCGGGAGGAACCGCUGGACUGAUGAAAAACGCAGAAGAUGAAGAGGACAUCAUGAUAGACUCGGACGACUUGGCAGGAGCGGCGAUCGCAACCACUACUGCCGACAGCACGAGGAAUCCGAGUGGUGGUUCUUUCUCCCGCGGCGUUGGUGCAUCUGAUGGUGCGGAGGCACAGAACCAAGAAUGCGCACCAAGGAUGGAUGCAGUCACACGUCUAGGCUCAUCGAGUGGUGACGCGACGUGAACGUGAUGAAAAGAUUAUGAUCCUCAACUACAACUUUACUUACUGCGAAAUAAUGGCUUUGGUUUCAAAUGAACUUUACUCGAAUCGUAUUGAAACGGAAAAUCAAGAAGAUUUUUAUCCACUUUGGCUGAUUCCAUUGAUUAUUGUUGGC